CAGUCCAGGGCUCCCCUGAUGUCCAGAUAGCCUAUCCGUCAACCACCAUCUCCAUCCCAUCCAUCUGGUCCGGAUUAUACAGGCCUCACAGGGUUCUCUCGCACUCUCGCCAGAUAUUGUUAAAAAGGUCAUCUGGAUCCUCCAAUCCGUCUCGACUCCAACCCCGAGACAAGAGACUCCCGUCACCAUGUUCGAGGACUUCUCCUUCUCGUCUCCGUCGUCUACCAGGCCCUCGCGCCUGGCGCUCGAUGGCGAUGACCGCCUCAUGGUCGACAGCGACAGUUCCCUCAUCUCCCCCAUGUCGUCGCGCUGUCCGUCCCCGCGCUCCCAUCGCUUCCCCCGGACCGCGUCUCGCUCUCGCUCCUCAUACUUCCGCUCCGCACAGCAGCCACCCACCUCCGUGCCUUUCUCUGCCUACGAUCACAAGCGGCUCUCUAUCAGCACUUUGACGCGGAAACUUCACGAGCACACCCUCCAAAACCCGAACGGCCUGCAGCCCGAAGAAGCCGGUCGCUUCGAUCGCCCGGCCUCUCCCACUCCAUCGGAUCUGGGCAUUUCGUCCAAGUUCCCCGGCUACGUCCUCACCCCGCCCGACACAGAUCACGAUGACGAGUCCCUGACUUCGGGUUCCCUCUCUCCGCAAUCCUGCUCGCCGUUCCUGAGCCCUACCUCCGUGCCCGCAGACUUCCCCGCAGCCGACAACAUCGAUCUGAACGGCAACGCCACUACAGCCGCUCCAUCGUCAGACGCCUGGACCGUCCGGGCCCAAAGACAGCAAAUCUCCCGUCUCCAAUGCAACCAGUCUGACGUGGAGGCGAUUCGUCGUGCUCUGGUGUCCGAUGAUGAGAUCAUGCGUUCGGCCAUAUGCAGGGACUCCAUCUGUGAAGAGGACUAUCACCCCAGUUCGCUACCGCCGCAGACUUCGCCGCGGAGACGUGCCCUGACUUUGUCGCGGAAUCGGUUCCGUGGCCAGGCUUCUUCAGCCGCGUCAGCGGAAUCAGCUGGUCCGGAGACCCGGGCACGUCGGAAGAGCAGCGUCAGUGCGUUGGCGUCGUCACAUCGCAUCGAGAAGAGCUAUCACUGCUCGUCGCGAGAUAUGCACAAGAAGAACGAGCAGGGCUUGAGACGGAAGAGCCUUGUGAGUGCGGCGUUGGCGUCUAUGGUGGAGCAGGGGCCAGAGGAGUAAUUGCUAUUCUCUUUUCCAAUUCUUCUUUUUUUCCCCACAAAUUACUUCAUUUCUCUUCUUCCUAUCACUGUAUUCUCUCAUACUUUUGAUGAUAUAUCUGUUAUCUGUUUUGUUGGAUCUAUCGUCAUCUCUCAGGGUUCGGGCUUUUUGUGUGCGCGUUGAGAAGGAAAGAUACCCAGAUCGUGUGUACCCGGUUACUUGUCUGUCUUACUACUUGUCUGUUCUGUUUUGAUCCCUUUCAUCGUCGUGUGCUGUACCCAGUAUCUAUCAUGUAUUAGUUCACAUCUACACUGUAAAUAUUCACUUCUUUCCCCUCUUACCCAUUACCCUUAACAGUUACCGUCACCGGUGUUCUACUAUUGUUCAUCACAUACACGAUUCAUGUUCGAUCGGAUCGGAUCUUGGAU